CAGCAAAUGGUUUCUUCCCCCGAGGAAAGGCGCUAGAUUUUCCCCACUCUGCUUUCCCGGUAGGGUGGUUUCUCUCUCCUCCCCUCCACGGGUGCUGGAUGGUCUCGCCUCCCCCCACGCCCCGUGCCGCCGCCGCUGCCGGAGAGUGAGCGGCCCGGGCAGGAAGCGCCGGACGAGCCCACUGCGCGGCCGCCGUGGGGGAAGCAAUUCCUCUAAGUGAAGGUUUCCGCCCCGGAGAGGAGGUUGCGCCCGGGAUCGGCCGCGCCCUCCGCUGGAGUGCGGGCUUCGGGACAGUCCAUUGUUGCCUGAGGGGUAGGGGUGGGCGUGGCGGCGCCGCCUCCUCCGGGAACACUCCCCGGCUGACCGCGCUCGCUCAUCCUGCUGGAGACGCGGCGCCAAGAUGAGUGGAGAAGAGAACCCAGCCAGCAAGCCCACGCCGGUGCAGGACGUGCAGGGCGACGGGCGCUGGAUGUCCCUGCACCAUCGGUUCGUAGCCGACAGCAAAGAUAAAGAACCCGAAGUCGUCUUCAUCGGGGACUCCUUAGUCCAGCUAAUGCACCAGUGCGAGAUCUGGCGGGAGCUCUUUUCCCCUCUUCAUGCACUUAACUUUGGCAUUGGCGGUGACAACACGCAGCACGUGCUGUGGCGUCUGGAGAACGGGGAGCUGGAACACAUCCGGCCCAAGAUUGUGGUGGUCUGGGUGGGUACCAAUAACCACGGGCACACCGCAGAGCAGGUGGCUGGAGGCAUCAAGGCCAUCGUGCAACUGGUGAACCAGCGGCAGCCCCAGGCCCGGGUCGUGGUGCUGGGCCUGCUUCCUCGGGGCCAGCACCCCAACCCACUUCGCGAGAAAAACCGACAGGUGAAUGAGCUGGUACGGGCAGCACUGGCUGGCCACCCACGGGCGCACUUCCUGGAUGCAGACCCUGGCUUUGUGCACUCAGAUGGUACCAUAAGCCACCAUGACAUGUAUGAUUACCUGCAUCUCAGCCGGCUGGGGUACACACCUGUUUGCCGGACCCUGCACUCCCUGCUUCUGCGUCUGCUGGCCCAAGACCAGGGACAGGGUGGUGCUCCCCCGCCAGAACCCACACCCUAAGCAUCUGCCUUCCUGCAACAUUAAAUUUUCAUUCUUCAGUCU